AUGGGUUUUUUUUGCCACAGGAACAAGAAAAUUGUUGAUUUUUCUCAGUUUGGGGAUUUGGAAGAUGACGAUGAAGACUUUGCAUGUGUAGCUGCACCUUCAAGCAAAAAAUCCAGAACACAGCUCAAGGAACCAAAGAAGGAGAAAAAAGAGAAGCAGAAAAAACCACAGAAAGAACUGACUCCACCACCAAAGCAGACACCUAAUAAAAGGAUAUCUUUGGAUGACAAACUUUAUCAAAGAGAUUUGGAAGUUGCCUUAGCCUUAUCCGUCAAGGAAAAGUCUGCAAAUAUCCCUGAGGUGCAAAAUUCAGAACAAGCAGGUAAGGAUUUUGAAUCAGAAAAUGUACAAAGGAGACCCCUUUUUUCCAACUGCAGUGUAGACAGUGAACUUUUAGGCCCCAGUCAAGUUAUGGAUGAUGAUGUACCUAGGGCUGAUGGUAUGCACAGGACAGCAACAUCUGAAGUUCCUGCACAUCCAAAGAAGUUAUUGGCCGUUGACAGUGAUGACAGAGAGCACUCUACUGACUCUGAGCCAGAGUGUGUACCCAGUAAGGAGUCAGAAGAAGAUUCAGAUUAUAGUGAAGGUGAUGAUGAAGACUUUGCAAUGGAAAAAAAGAAAGCCAAAGGAAAUAAAAAGAAAACCAGACAAAAGAUGCCAGCUGAAAGAGAGAAGAAAACUCCCAAAUCCAAGAUUAAUACUACAGUAUCACCUGUAGUUUCUCCCUUUGGGAAAACAGAACAAAAAUCUGAGCCAACACAAAAGAUCAUGUCCAGUUCUUCAGGCCCAGUUGGAAGGCCUCUACAUACAUCAAGUCCUGUAACAGAUAAGAAGCCUAAAUGGAUACCACCAGCUGCAUCAGGAAGCAGUAAUAACUUUAUGAAACAUGUUCCUCUUAAGUCACCUACUCAGUGUCUUAGACUUGGUCUCUCCAGACUAGCAAGAGUCAAACCACUGCAUCCCAGUGCUGCCAGCAGUUAA